GAAAAUCAUUCCGGAAGUGCUAAUGUUGUUGGCGUACUCUUGACACUCUCUUCCGGUGUCCUAUAUCUGUCAAAAUGGCCCGUCUAUUACAAUUUAAAAUUGCAGUUGUUUCGACUGUUUUGUUUGUCGUGUGUACGAAUUUAGUUUGUUGUAAUAACGGAAGAAGGGUCGGCGAUGCUAUGGACACUGAAUUCAGUGGUUUCUCCGUGCCCCUGGAGCACUCCUUUGAAGUUGAUGAUGUAGCAAAGUUUAAAGUACGAGGAGCCCUGGUGUUGAAAGCUGGAAGGGAGCACAGCGUCUCACUAACUCAGAACCAGCUAUCCGAGGAAGACCGAGCCAAACUGAAGGAAGUGGCUGCAGUGGACGGUCUGUACAGAAUCCGAGUGCCUCGUGUUUUCCUGCAGGCAGACAGGCAGACAGAGCGACAGAUGGAUGGUUACCUCACAGCAUUUGUCAGAGCCUGUGCCAUGGUUGAGUCCCAUCUGAGCGACGUCAUCGCCCUCUACUCUGACGUCUCUGGGUACCUCAUUGGUGUCUCCAUAGUGACGUUACCCGGAGCCUGCAGGGGCACUGAGGUUGAGGAUGAAGUUGAUCUCGAAGUUUUCAACACCACACUUAGCAUCAUGGCUCCAGUCAAUGCACCAGGACCUGAGACGGCUCUGUUCCUUGAACGCAUGGAACAGGAAACUGAGAAGAAAGGGAAGAAUCCACAAGAGCAGAAAUCUUUCUUUGCUAAAUAUUGGUAUUUGAUUCUGGGAGGUGCAAUCUUCCUCAUGGCCACCAAUUCAGCACAGCCCCCAGCAGGGGGAGAAGGAGAGCAGAGCUGAUUCCCACUGAAUGGAUGUACAUCGUGCCCCUCGUUCUAUUCCUGAUGAUGUCGGGCGCCCAAGACCAAUCAGGCGGUGGAGCCGGGGGCGGAGCAGGCAACGGAGGUGGCCGAUGAUCAACACGCAACAGCUUCUUUUUUUUGUCUUACAUCUACUGAACAGUAAUUCUCUUGGAACAGUUUUUAAUUGCUGUACAUAAUGCUAUUUAAUGAGGAUAAAUGUCACACACAUAUUAAAACUUGUACAGUAAGGAGGAGAUAUUGUGCCCUGCAGAUGACUGCAUUUUUAAUACUAAUGUGAAAAUAAAGUAUUUAUUACUUGAA